ACUGUGUGAGUCAUCCAUGAUAAGUGAAGUGAGGGCUCCAUGACACUCGUACAGAUUGUGCCUUGGGUUUUGGUGAUGCUGUAAUAAAAACUAAGAUGAGUUACAGUCCAUAAAUGUCAAUUCUUAGCUUUCCUUCCCUUAAAGCCCAGGUGCCACUGUGAGUUGUGAAACCAAAGUCAAGUUAGGAUCUAGUAUCUGCAACUGCAAUAUGAAGUAGUGUUUGCUUAUUCUGAUGUACAGUCACUUCUUUCCAUGAAAGGCAGCUGGUUAAUACUUAUAAAGGCCAUCAGCUAUUUCAGUGUCUUGACUUGCAUGCCCAAAACUCAGACAUUUAUUGUUCAUGUGAACAUGGGCAUGUUUUUGCUCCAUAUCUCAUAGUUUCCAGCAAUAAUACCACUGGGUGCUUUUACCAUUAUCAAGAAUUAUGGAAAUUGCAGAUGGUGGCUUCAUAAAUGUAAUCAACCUACCUCAAACCUUUAUGUGUAUUAUAUAGCAUAAUCUACAUCAUUAUGAUUGCCAUAUUGACAUUGAUAAUUAUCUACAUCUUGUAUUUAGAACAUUUCUAAUUCGCAAAAGUUAAAUUUGCAUGAAAGGUUAUGAAUUUAUGCAUAUAAGUCACAUUGUUACAGUUAUUAAUAAAUUAAUUCAAUUUACAGUGAAAUUCACAUUAAGUAAUGAUUUCAUUUUCUGAAAGAAAUGUAUCAAAUUGUUUACCACAAUUGAGUGCAGCUUACUCGCAUUCGUUAUGUGGUUUGGAAAGGAUUGAAGCCUUUAGCAGUGUAGGCAGAUGAUAAUAAGCUUGUUAUAACAUGUAUUACUUGAAGAUGAUAGAACAAUUUUAUGGCACACAAUUACUUUUUGCUUUACCGUGAACUGACAUUGUUGGCAUUUACCUGACAAUGCUUACAGAUGCCUUUUAGUAUUAUGAGUGUCAUAGUGCCACUGAUAGUGGCGCCAUAGCAGAGUUAAUCGAACCAAGUCAAGAACACAUAGAGAGUGGCAUGUAUAAAUAAUUCUUAGUGAUAUAAUGAAAGGUGCAAGCCAUUUUAUUUUGAAUAUAGUUUGUAAUGAACUACUUGCACAACUUUUUCAACACAGAUGGGAAAAUGCUGCACAAUUACCACAUGCCCUUUCUCUGUGGCCAAAUAGAUGUAUGUCAUGUUGCGUAUGCCUUAAAAUAAAGUAGUGGUGGCAAUACAGGGGUAAUGUAAAAGUGCACACAUACUGAGAUUUUCAGAGCACUAUGUGGUCAAUAUUAAAGUGAGGCCUUCCACUGUGGUGUUUCUCCAAGGAGGCACUGUAGUCCAGGAGUAGCUUUGGUUUAUUACAUGUAGUGUUUGUUUUUGCUCUUAGCCUUUAUAAAUGUGUAGUUGCUGGGUUGCAGUAAAUUAUGUGUACUUAUUUUUCCCAAAAAUACCUACUGUACUAUGGCCAUGGGAACUUGCACUAAUUGUUGACACAGAAUAUGUACUGCUUUCAAAAGCUGCAGUGCGUGCAAGAAUGGAUAAGGCAGCAUCAUUUCCUUUGCCUCUAAACUACAUCCGACAAGAGUACAGCAAUUACGUCUCUUGGAUGGCAUGGCUUUCUCAGGAACAAGUUCUGGAACUGGGUUGUGGUCCUGGCCUGAUAAGCCGACAAGUGCUACAGCCCUUGUGCGAGGCCCAUUUUGCCCGCCUUCUUGCAGUUGACAGAGCUUCAGAGGCCGUUCUGUAUGCUCAGCAGCAUUCUCACCACAGGGACAUCACAUACCGCCAUGUUCCUGAUCUCCACACCAGUGUGCCAGUAGAGCUGCAAGGGGCAUUCAGCAAGCUCUUCCACUAUGGUGGAGCUUUGCCAUGCAGUGAAGUCAGUGGACUACGCCAAGCAUCAUUACUACUGGACAUUCAAGGCUGCUGUGUUCUGCUCCUACCCGUGCGCUGUUGUCUCUUUGACGUGCUCGAGCAGCUUUCGAGCAGUCCACGCUGGAAGGCCUACAUGCGAGAUGCAAUGCGUCUGGUACCACCUCAGAGCCACUGGCAGGAACCUGUGGAGAUGUUUAGAAAAGAAGCAGAGCAAGCUGGCAUGGAAGUGAAAAAUGUUAAGCUUGACACCACAGAGGUUACCUUUAACAGCAGUAGCCAAUUUCAAGAGUUCCUGAGCUGGGCCAUCCCAUUCGUAGCACGCAUCCCAAUGGAAAACAGGCAGGCGUUCUUGGAUGAAGCAUUGGCUCUGAGUUUUGAGCAAGGUGUGCAAAUCACAUCGGGUGGCAAGCUCCAGCUUUCAAUCACACUCCUGAGUACCCUUUGCACUAAAGUGCGAAACAUUUGAUUUCAAUCAAGUGUGUGUAUUCUGCAAGGAAUGUUGGCUCUCUAAACAUGACACCCAGUUGAUGCUGGGAUCCUGGCGAUAUUGUGCCAAGUACAGAAGGGAGACUACACAUUUUGUGCCACUGUAAGCAACCCUUAUGUUGCAUAUUUCUCAGCUCACUAAAACUGGAAGUGUGAGUCAAAUAUGCAGGUAAUCGAAAGCCAAGCAACCACAUUUUCUUUAGUCCUAUAAUUGCCUAAUAUUGUACCGUGCAAACCCUCUGUAAGCUCACUGUACCUGUGUUUCGUGCUGUACGAUGAUGACAAGUUUGUCUGUCCCAAGUGCUAUGCAAAAAGCCAUUUAUAUUGCCAGUAUCUUAUUUUAAAACUGUUUCGAGUUUAUUUUUAUGCGAUUGUACACUUUCUUUGGUUAGAUAAUAGUUGGUUUCUCUUCUCAUUUAAUGUGACUGUGUACCAAAGCCCUAAUUGAUGCACAUACUUUUUUUGGUUAAAUAAGCAUGUUAUUUCAAGCUUAGUAUGUUGAAAAUCAGUCUAUUCAAACAAUAUGAAAUUGCCAAGAGGUACAGAUUAUAAAUACUACCAAUUGAGCUCAAGGUUUUUAGAGGGACUUUUUGUACAAGUUGUGGUGUCCAUACCACCAAGGCUCCAGGCUCAGCUCCUGCAGCUCAUGUGGAGAAGACACAAAAAGCAGUAUGAAUGAAAAAGCAGCAGCACGGCAGAACUUGGGAGGUCAGCACCAAGAGGGGGUAAAAGAUUGGGAAUGGUACAUACAGGGUGUUUCAGCGAACACUUUCAAAAUUUAUUUAAGGUUGCCUGUGGUAGAUAGCGCAAUUCUAGUUAAAGAGCUGGUCUACUCGAAGAGGCGAACAUUAUUAAAAACAAUUGAAAUGCAUAAUCGACUAAUUAAGUUUUUAACAAAUUACCUGAUAUUGCAAUUUACAAAUUGUAGCCGUGGAGUUGGCAAGGCGGAUCCACUUGGAAUUAAUUCUCAGGAUGACACCAGUUUCGAAAUAUUAAUUCCCGAGCUUUGCGGAGAAAUGCAUUGGCGUUCCAGUUAAUUUUGUGCUUCAAUACAUAAAGCGACGUUUUGUUAAGAAACUAACUGGAACGCCAAUGCAUUUCUCUGCAAAGUUAGAGAAUUAAUAUCUCGAAACUGGUGUCAUCCUGAGAAUUCAUUCCAAGUGGAUCCGCCUUGCGAACUCCAAGGCUACAAUUUGUAAAUUGCAAUAUGGGCCAUCAGGUAAUUAGUUAAAAACUUAAUUAGUGAAUUUUUGUUAAUCAUUCGAUUAUGCAUUUCAAUUUCUUGCGCAAGUAAUGUCCCCUCUUCGAGUAGACCAGCUCAUGAACUAGAAUUGUGCUAUCUGCCACAGGCAACCUUAACGAAUUUUUGAAAGUGUUCGCUGAAACACCCUGUAUAUGUGUUGGUGUAACCUAUUGUGAGCUGUUGACAGUAUCUCUACAGUAAAGGCACGCUGGCCUGGACUUGAACCUUUACUGAAAAUUGGACUAAGGAAACUGACACAAUAGUUUGCAUACAAAGACAAUAUAAACCAUGGUCUACAGCAUAUAUUGCAGAUUCAGAUAGUCUCUAAGUGUCCACUUCCAAGCAUCGGUGCUGACUAUUACCACACCUCAAGGUGUUCAAAGUAAAUAAAUUACCUGUCUGAAAUUUGCAUAAAAGAAAGUUUUAUUCCUAACAUCAAACUGAUUUUUACUGUCAUGACAAGAUCAAAUGAAGGGAGAUGACUGUAGAGUGUAUGAAGUAGAACUAUUAUAAUGUAGUGGGCAGAGAAACAGAAAGCAAAAAAAAAAAAAAAGGGUUUGGUAGGGAUGCCAUAAACUGAAAACUCAGUUGAUUAAAAAUUUUGUCAUCUGUAGUAGGCCGUUCCUUUUUCCAUUUCGCAGUAAUACGUUUCAUAGUGUACAGGUACAUAGUGUACAUAUUGUAAUAAAAUAAAGGCCAACUAGCCAUUCCCAGCAAUAGCCUGCUGGCUGGCCUUUGCAUUAUUGUGAUAGGGUGUACCUUAUGCGUCUCACCAUUGGUUAUAUUAAGCCACAUAAAGCCUGUGCCUUUGUGAAACAGCACUGAAACCAUGACAUUAGGAAACAGGUGAUUCACAUCAUGCAGUUUGUGCCAGAAAUUCAUAACAAUAUGUAACCAUUGUCAAUCAGUCCUGUUUUCUUCUUUGUCCCAACACUGUUUCCCACAGUCAUUGAUCACUUUUUAAAAAACUCUUGUGACCUAGUGGAGGCUCAUUUAUGUUUGGGCGCAGCAUUAAAUUUCAAUGCUGUAAUAAUAUGUGUGCUAUCAUCAUAGCAAAUAUCUUAAAUUUUUACGAAGUACAGUAGCACUUUUACAUUCGUAACGUAAUAUGUUGCAGCUCAAGUUUACCCUCCCAAUAAAAAUUAUGUUUUGAAUCUUAUAUAUCACAGUCUUAUAUAUUGAAUUGCUGCCUUUCUUGAGCAUAUAUCACCAGAAAUCCCACAUAAAAGUAUGGAAACAUUGUAGUUGUGUAUCAAAGUGCCACUGGUGCACAUUUGAUAUAUCAAACCAUGUCUCUUUUUGGCAGGCUGCCCGUGAGUACCUGUGUUGCUGCCACCAUGAUCAGUUUUGACAGGUGAAGGCUAACUUAAAAUGUCAGUGCAGCUACUGUGUCCAUAUCAUCUUGAGCUGCUGCUCAUGCAGCUCUAGCCACAUGAGGCCUCAUAGCACCUAAUAAAGGGUUGGAGAGCACAAAAACAAGUAUGGACAGAUAUAUCGAUGGCAGGUGCUUUGGACCAGGUGACUGGCCCAUGUGUACACAAUGUUUAUGCACUUCACUUGUGGCACUGCUUUAUUAAGGCCACUUUUACCAGCUAACAUACACCUGUGAUGUGUAGAUCAAAUUCCCCUAUCGGAGGUGAAUAAGUAUUUAUGUUAACACAUAAUCUUGACAGCAAAUUUCGGUACAUCAGGCUAUUUUGCGCUCCUCCCUAAUACGUUCAGGUUUGACUUAGCACUAUUCCUGCAAUCACAAUGACGAUGAUGUAGCUUGCACCUACAAUGCUGAAUCUGCUGGUUACCAUAGUCUAGUCAGGGUUAUCUCAUUAAAUUCUGAUGCCAAAUACUUAACAGGAGAGGCAUUCUUGAAGCCUACAAAAGUAUUUUUCUGGAAAAGCAGUCCUCACCACUUUCAUAGCUUCUACCAUUUGAACCACUUUGUAGUUUACAAUAGUUCAAAAUGCAUGUUUCAUCAGUACUUUAUGCAUAGAUGCAUUCUGCAGAAACUAUGCUCCUUAAAGUUUAAGUAUCUCAUAUGCAAGUUUGCACUUUGAAGCAUUGGUAUUUUGGCUAUGAUUUGAGCAUUUUCAUAGCCCUGUGAUGCAUGAAAAGGUGCAACAAUAUGCGGACUAAGUCGCAUGUUUGCCCAGCUGUUUAUUCAUGAACUCUAAUUUUCAAGAGCUGCGAAAAUGAGACAUAACACUGUACAAAGAUGCAAUUUUAUCAAGGUUCCGUCAAAGCCAUAUAUUCUUGUAAAGAGGGGUCUUUUUCUAUGAUUGUCUGCUUCAUUAAAUUUCAAGGCUUAUUUUGCCAGACAAUCUUUUUCUUGUUUCUGCGGUUCCACAACCAAACCUGUAAGUUUCUGCCUAAAAAGCACGCUUCACUUAAUCACAUUUGCUUUUAUAGGCUAAGGAUACUGUAGCAGCAUCAGUCACUUUUUCAUAACAUCUGUCUGUCUUAAUAUUGUGUAUAGUGCAUUGUACACAUUUAUAAGCACUGUAUAAUAGGGCAUUUUAGUGUGUGUGCAGCUACAGUGAAACUCAAAGGUGGUUGUCACAAUGGAAUCUGUUUCUUCUCAGUUAUUGAGUGCAAUCUAUGUGCUUUCUUGUUCAAAUAUUGUUGUUUUUAUUAAAUAUAUGACUUGCCUACUACCAAAAUCUUAAGUAACUUGUCUAUUGCAAGUUAAUGCUAUAGGUUAGCAGUAGCUUUUAUCACCAUGUUUGUAUGGUUGACUAACAGCAAACCUUGUCAUUGCAAAUGCUCUGUCCUUGUAUCUUGUCCGCUUCCUUAUGAACACAAUGUGUGUGAGAGAUGCUGUUGCAGAUAUACAUUUUUCUUUUACACAAAGCAGUUUGUCACAAGAGUGUGAUAUUGUAAUGAAUAUACAAUGUAACAGUGGCUACAUCUGACUGAGUUUGCACCUGGAUCUUUGUUCAGAAGUGUUUGACAUGUGCAUAAUUAUUUUAAAAGACACAUACAUUUUUAAAUACAUGUACACAGACAUGAGAGGGACAAAAAGAACAGCAGAAACACCGUUUUUUAUGUGUCUAUAUGCCUGCUUUUAAGAUCAUUAUUUCUUACCACCUUGCUAAGUUUUCUGUUGCUUUUGGAGUGGAAUAAAGCUGCUUUGAAAAGUU